AAGCAAUCAUUUGCAUUCAAUGAGAAAGUGCCUGAAGCUAAUUGCAGCCGGUAGUCGUUUCUCCCGUGGAGUCAACAAAAGCAGUAGCUGGACAUUAUCAUCAUUAGUUAAGAAUUAUCCUUCACCUUAUAGUAGAGUUAUUCCACCUGGAAGGCAGUUAUCAAAGAGUAUUGAAAUGUCACAAAUUACCCUGGUCUCGAAUAAUAAAUGCUUCGGAGGAUGGCAGAAGGUGUACUCCCACGACAGCUCGGAAUUGAAAUGCAAGAUGAACUUUGGAAUCUAUCUGCCACCCCAAGCAGAAUUCGACCCCGUUCCAGUCAUCUACUGGCUCUCAGGGCUCACUUGCACCGAACAGAACUUCAUAACAAAGGCUGGAGCUCAGGGUUAUGCCUCUGAACAUGGGGUAAUCCUGGUAAUUCCUGAUACUAGCCCCCGAGGAGAAAAUAUCCCGAACGACAAAGAGUACGACCUUGGGCAGGGAGCUGGCUUUUACGUAGAUGCAACUGAAGAACCAUGGAAGGAGAAUUUCCGGAUGUACAGUUAUAUCACCAAGGAACUGCCUAAAUUAAUUAAUGACAAUUUUCCAGUUCUGCCCUCCCAGCAGUCGAUUAUGGGCCACAGUAUGGGAGGUCAUGGAGCAUUGAUCUGUGCAUUUAAAAACCCUGGGAUGUACAAAACCGUUUCUGCAUUUGCUCCGAUAAGUAAUGCAGUGCAAAGUGACUGGGGAAAGAAAGCCCUCUCUGCCUACCUCGGCCCAGACGAAGAAGUCUGGAAGGAGUGGGACGCUACGUGCCUCAUGAAAACCUACUCAGGGCCACCCCUGGAUAUUCUAGUGGACCAGGGGAAAGCCGACAAUUUCCUCCACCAAUUGCUUCCCGAUAACCUGCUGACAGCCUCGAAAGAUGCAGGAGUCACUCUGAUCUUGCGGAAUCAAGAGGACUACGAUCACAGUUACUUCUUCAUCUCGACAUUCAUGAAGGACCACAUCAACCACCACAUGAAGUACCUUAAGAACUAGACGCUAAGUCAAAACCCGACAAUUUUUUUAUUUCCGAAUUUACGCAACAAUGUUUGUACAUUACGACAAAAAAAUAAUAAACAAAAAGCAAAAAAUA